AUGCAUCUUCCAUCUCUGCUGGCCACAGCUCUUCUUGUUGCUGUACCAGGCUCUUGUGCACCUACUCACGAUUGUGGAUGCAAGACUCCUCUCGUUCGUAAAGAAUGCUGGCAUCGAAUGUUCAUUGCUCAAUAUGAGAAGGACCUUCGGAAUCUAUGUUGUUACAGUGGAGCUCAGCCUUACUGGGACUGGACACUUGACUCAAAUUCCAUUGAAGAUUUCAGAAAGUCUCCCAUUUUCGACGUAGAGACAGGUUUCGGAGGAAAUGGUGUUUUUAUCGACAUCAGUAGCUGGACAAACGUCACCAAACCGGUCGUUGGCAGGACAGGAGGAGGCUGCGUUACCGAUGGCCCUUUUGCCAAGGGGGAAUUUGAGGUUCAUGCAGGUCCAGACAACUCCACUGCUUACAACCCGCGUUGCCUUGCCCGCGACAUCUCUGCAGAGUAUGGUAUCUCGAAGCUCAACCAAACCAUGGUCGACUGGACUCUUCAGGCCAAAGACUUCUUCGAGUUUGACCAACGUGUCCAAGGUGGCGUCACUGCUGAAUCUCAAGGAUAUCACGGUGGCGGCCAUCUUGCCAUUGGCGGUAGUUUCGGCGAGAUGGGCGACAUGUACUCUUCACCUGGCGAUCCCAUCUUCUGGCUGCAUCACACCAAUGUUGAUCGACUCUGGGAUAAAUGGCAGCGACUGGAUUGGCCUGCUAGGAAGAGCGAUAUCGGCGGGCCGGACACUCAGUAUGCGUAUCCUUAUACUUUCUUUGGCAACAAGGAGUAUCAGAACAUCACUCUUGCUUACGUGAUGGACUUUGGCAACUUGCUUCCUGAUAGGCGAUACAUCACAGUUGAGGAGGCUAUGGACACGCAGGGAGAACGACUGUUUUAUACGUAUGACUCAUGA